ACUUUAUAUAUAGUUUGGAUGCAUUAUUGGUUAGUUUCUGAGAAAGUCACAGUGACAGAAAGAAACAAAACCUAAAAAACUGCAGAAAAAAAGGUUCUGAAUCUGUAGACUUGAUUUGUGUCAUCAUCGUCCCUCUCCUAUGGCAGGACCAUCAUGGCUGGUGGACAAAAGUAGAAUUGCAACCAAAAUAAAAAGUGCAAUGGGAUCAUGUGCUCCAGAAAAUGUUACAUGGAAAAGCAAUCCUACCAAGACUUGCCCUAAUUGUCAGCAUGCUAUUGACAAUAGUGAUGUUGCAAAAGAGUGGCCAGGCUUGCCCAAAGGUGUCAAAUUUGAUCCAUCUGAUCAGGAGAUAAUAUGGCACUUGCUUGCAAAAGUUGGUGUAGAAAAUUUAAAACCUCAUCCUUUUGUUGAUGAGUUUAUUACUACUCUUGAAGUGGAUGAUGGUAUUUGUUACACUCAUCCUCAAAACUUACCAGGUGUUAAGCAAGAUGGAAAUGCAUCUCACUUCUUUCACAGAGCAAUUAAGGCAUAUAAUACUGGCACUCGAAAGCGUCGAAAGAUUCACGAUCAAGAUUUUGGUGAUGUCCGCUGGCACAAAACUGGAAGAACUAAACCAGUAAUCUUGAACGGGGUUCAAAAAGGCUGUAAAAAAAUUAUGGUUCUGUAUAUGAGCAUUGUGGGAGGAGGAAAAGCUGAGAAAACUAAUUGGGUCAUGCAUCAAUAUCAUCUAGGAACAGAAGAGGAUGAAAAGGAUCGAGAAUAUGUCAUCUCUAAAGUGUUUUACCAGCAGCAGCAAGUCAAAUUGGGUGAUAAAGAUGAACAUGAUAUUGCUGAAGCCACUGAAGCAACAACCGUGAAAGUGGAUCCGGUCACUCCCAAAUCUGUGACUCCCGAACCUCCUUAUAAUGAAAACAAGUUUUCAGAUGUUGAUCUAGGACAUCAAACAGUUGUCAUUCCUCAGUGUUGGAAGCCUCAGAUGGAUUGUCUGGAUUGUGAAGAGAAUGCAAAUGAUGAUCUAUCCAUGGUAGAAACUGAGCAUAAUGAAGCGAUAGAGAACCUGGAAAAUAAUGGUGAUGAAGGGCAAAAAUGGUGGGAUAGUGAAUCACAAAAUAUGUUGGAUUCACAACAACUGGUUGAAGCGUUGUCCUUGUGUGAUGAUUUAUUUCAUAGCCAGUCUCCCACUAGAGAUGGGAAAGAUGAAGAACGAAAGAACCAAACAGGUCUUUCUGUUUAUGCUGAAUUAGGACCAGAGCAUCUAAAGAAGGAUAUCGAAGAGUGUCAAAACCUUGUGAUUGACCCAGCAAAUGAUGUUGAGCAUGACACAAAUUCGGAGUUACGACUAAGUCAACUGGAAUUUGGUUCGCAAGAUAGCUUUAUAUCAUGGGGUUACAGCAACAAGGCAUUAGGGUGAUAUGGUUUUUGUCUCUGUCCAACCCAGCCAGGCUGUAAAACUGAUCUGGUUAUGCUGCUUAUUCAUGUAAUUCUAAUUAUCGACCAAUGCUCUCGUAAACUGUGGCAUCUGACCUAUGCACUAUUAUGGUGGGAUAAUGCUUUGCUUUGCUAUGUGUGUUGAAAAUUUUGAUUUCUUGCGAUUAUUUAAUAUCAUGCAUGUAAAACUGUCUGAUCUUAAAUCAUAUUUGAUUUUUAUUCUAA